AUGGCUACAAAGACCUGGAAGCGAUGGUUUGAAACUUGUAGGACGUCUCACUCCAAGUGCCGCGGACUGGAGAAUCGAGCGCGUCCAUUCAUUCCGGAGAGACUGAUUGAGAUUUUGUGCACUGAGACGAUGGAAAGUAGUAGAUGGCGACUUGUGUCUAGCCGCCACCUGGGAUAUGUUUCGUACGUCACUCUGAGCCACUGCUGGGGUUCUUCGGACCAUUUGAAACUGCUCAAGAGCAACCUGGACUAUCUCCAGUCUCAAGAGGGGAACCCACCUACUACACUCCCCAAAACGUACCAGCACGCCUUCAUAGUAGCACUUGCCUUGGGGUUCCGGUUUAUCUGGGUAGAUUCGUUGUGCAUCAUCCAGGAUGAUGACCGGGACUGGAGAGAACAGUCGUCCGUGAUGGGUAUGAUAUAUAAGCAUGGUCAGUGCAAUCUUGCUGCUACCUGGGCCCACGACGGAAAAGAUGGCUGCUUCAGUUACCGCGAGCCAGAGGUGGUUAAGCCUCCUCUGGUCGAACUUACAUCCGCCGGCGACAAGCUGACACGCAACCAUGUCAUUGUAGACUCACUUGUCUAUCAUAAUGAUUUGCAUCACGCCCCGCUGAAUACCCGGGGCUGGGUGGUCCAAGAACGUUACAUGGCAAGAAGACAACUCAGCUUCUGCAAGCAGCAGGUAUAUUGGGAAUGCGAAGAAUUACUUGCCUCGGAGCAGUUUCCCUGCGGAAUCCCCGGGACACUGACGAACCUCACUCACGUCAACCAAUGGGCCCUUCCUGGCGUAAAACCCAGUUUAAACUUCAAAGAAGAAUCAUCUCUCCGUGAUGCCUGGACGGCACUGGUGGAGCAGUACUCUAGGUGCCAACUUACCCGGUCCUCAGACAAGGUUAUCGCACUGGCUGGACUGGCUGGGGAGUUUCGGAGUUCUCUUGGAGAUAUAUACCUUGCCGGGAUGUGGAAGACCGAUCUGAUCCGGCAAAUUUGUUGGUCCGUAGAUGAAGAUUCACAGGGGUCACAAAACCGGACUCUACCAAAUGGCCAGCAGACCUUGAUGAUGUAG